AAAAGUUUUCUAGAUCGGACUUGUUUAGAAAUAUUUUAAAGUUACAAAAGCGAGCAUCUAACUUAAAACGAAAUUGUUUUUAAUAUGGAAACUGCAUAUGGAUAUUGCGAGUAUCAAGCUUCAGAGCAUGAAAUGGCACCUUGGUAUCCUACGUCAUACUUUAAACAAUCGGAUGGUAGUUUAAUGAUUUAUCCACCUUCGUUUUUUAAUUCUAUUCCGCCGGUUUAUAAGAUACUCCCUCAAAAGGAAAAGUGCGAAUCAUUUUCAAACUACUCUCCUAAUAGCGAACAAAUGAUUAAAAAUUUUCCUUCUCUGGCAUAUCCAUGUCACUUACAUAUCAACUGUUGCGUCUUUCGCAGAAACGAAAUAGAAGAACUUAACUUGCUUGAUAAACAAUGUUGCCCAGCAAUAAAAGCUCAUCGGGCUAUUUUUUACCGAAACAAAAUUUUUGUUGGUUCUUUAGCUAGAAAGACUAGCCCGGCCGAUUUAGCUCAAUUUUUUCAAAAGUUCGGAAAAGUUAUUGCAGCUAAAGUAAUUAUGGAUUCUGGCGGCAACUCCAAAGGAUACGGAUUUGUUUCCUUUGCUUCAGAAGAUACAGUUAACUCCAUUCUUAGCCAAGGUGCUAUCUACAUGGAGAAAAAGAGGAUUGCUGUGGCAUUUGCGAUCCGCAAGAAGCAUGAUGACGAAAUAUAGUGAUAGCUUUUCGUUAUAUUUUAUUUAAACGAUUUUCUUCAAGUUUUUUUUUUAAACUUGUACGUUUAUUCACGACUUAUUUGUAUGGCCUGAUGUUUGGCAGAUUAUUUAUGUGUUUUUAGUAUUUGUUUGGAUGAUUAUUGCAAAGUAUAUUUUAUAAAUUGCAGUGAUUUUAUAAAAACCAGUGAUUUUAGAAAAGUUUUUUUGAAGAAGUUUUUAAUCAUAUUUUUAACCAUGCAACCAUAUUUGUACAGCUAUUAUUUUUUUAAUAUUUUG